AUGCUUGUUUUCGUCAGCGGGGCGGGCGGAUUUAUUGGCCGAGCAACCAUCCAAGAACUCCUCAACCACGGCCAUGAAGUGCUCGGGCUCGCACGAAGCGACGCCUCUGCGGACACAAUUGCAAAGCUCGGCGCACAGGUUCACCGGGGCGAUCUUGAAGACCUAGAGAGUCUGAAGAGCGGUGCGAAGAAGGCCGACGGCGUCAUUCACCUCGCAUUUGUGCACGACUUCAGUGACUAUCUCAGAGCCACCAAGGUCGACCAGGCGGCCAUUGAGGCCAUGAGCGAUGCCAUGGCCGGUACUGGAAAACCACUGGUCAUCGCUUCUGGCACGAUGCUUGCUGUGAAAGGACAACUUGCCACCGAGGAUGCCGAGCCUGAGCGUGGCACGCCCUUUUCCUCGAGGCAGGAGUCCGCAGAUCUCGUUGCAAGAUUGUCAAAGGAAAAAGGAAUCCGUGGCUCGAUCGUUCGGCUUCCGCCCACCGUCCACGGCAAAGAGGACAAAGGACUUAUUCCUCGCUUCAUUGACGCUGCGCGAGAGGUCGGCUCAGUCACCAUCGUCGGCGAUGGGUCCAACCGCUGGCCGGCUGUCCAUCGCCUUGACGCAGCCGCUUUGCUCCGUCUUGCGCUUGAGAAAGGCACGCCGGGUGCACAUUACCACGCCGUCGCCGAGCAAGGUGUUCCGAUGAAAGACAUAGCGAAUGUGGUUGGCAAGAAUCUGCAGGUGCCGGUAGAAAGCAAGGCUACCGAGGAAGCCAUGAAGACUCUCGGAUUUCUGGCACUGGUGUUCGCUGCAGAUAAUCCUACAUCGAGCGAAAAGACACAGGCCGAACUCGGGUGGAAUCCCAGCGCUGGUGGACAGCCUGAGUUGCUGGCAGACUUGGAGGCAAAUUACUUUUCCUGA